GCCACCUUUGUACUUUUUCACUGUGAUAAUAACACCGCUGAAAUAUCACUUUCCCCUCCUUGAUUGAUAGCAGCGAGCGACGUGGAUUGGGAAAGUUUUUUCUGCACAGCCAUGUUUUUAAAUUCGCUACGAAACACUUGUUUUUAUGGAACACGUCGAAGUUAUUUGUAUGACCAAUAACAACUGCCGCGUGUGUAAACUGGCUGUGGAAAAGACCGAGAAUCACCACGUUUCCAUUUGCAGUGAAAUACAGAUGAGAGUUUUCAUUAAAACUCAUUGCCAAUGUACUGCUGUUUUGUGCCAAGUGAAAUAUUCAAAGGAACGGUGUGCAUUAAAGAGGGUUGCCUAAUGAAACAGACCAGCUCGUUCCAGAGGUGGAAAAGAAGAUAUUUUAAAAUCAAACCCCGAAAAUUAUAUUACGCAAAAGAUAGCAAGUCUGUGAUUUUUGAAGAGGUGGAUCUAACUGAUUUGAGCAUUGCAGAAUGUAGCAUAAAAAAUGUCAAUCAUAGUUUUCAGGUCAUUACUCCAUUCCGCCGUCUGAUUCUAUGUGCAGAAUCUCGAAAAGAAAUGGAAGAAUGGAUAACUGCCUUGAAAAAUGUUAGCAAUAAAGAUUUUUAUGAGGGUGCAGACCAUCAUGAGUUUUUGUCAGGUCAACAUAACUGGUAUGUAACAUCUCAUGCUCGACCCACAUACUGCAAUGUUUGCCGAGAAGCUCUUUCAGGUGUAACUUCUCAUGGUUUAUCUUGUGAAGUUUGUAAAUUCAAAGCCCAUAAACGUUGUGCUGUAAAAGCUCCCAAUAACUGUAAAUGGACCACUUUAUCUUCUGUUGGUAAAGAUAUUAUUGAAGAUGAGGACAGUAACAUAGCCAUGCCUCAUCAGUGGUUAGAAGGAAAUUUGCCUGUGAGUGCAAAAUGUAGUAUCUGUGAUAAAACAUGUGGUAGUGUUCUAAGGCUACAGGAUUGGAAAUGUCUGUGGUGUAGAGCAAUGGUUCAUUCUUCAUGUAAAGCCCAAUAUCCCGAAAAGUGCCCACUCGGUGUCUGUCGUGCAUCCAUAGUCCCACCAACAUCUCUUCAUAGCAUUGGAAAUGAUGAAUCAUGGGAAGCAACUUGUCCUCUUGGCUGUAGUCCUCUGUUAGUAUUUGUUAAUUCAAAAUCUGGUGACAACCAGGGAGUGAAAUUUCUGCGACGGUUUAAACAGUUGCUCAAUCCUGCACAAGUUUUUGAUCUCAUGAAUGGGGGACCAAGCUUAGGCUUGAGAAUGUUUAGGACGUUUAAUCCAUUCCGUAUUUUGGUUUGUGGUGGUGAUGGAAGCGUCAGUUGGGUUUUGACAGAAAUUGAUAAACUCAGUAUGCAUAAUCAGUGUCAAGUAGGUGUUUUACCUUUAGGAACAGGGAAUGAUUUAGCACGUGUUUUAGGAUGGGGAUCUUCAUGUGAUGAUGAUGCUCAGCUUCCACAACUACUGGAGAAGUAUGAGAAAGCUACUGUAAAAAGUCUAGACAGGUGGCGAAUUAUGACUUAUGAAGGAACUAUGUUAGGACCAAGAAAAAGUCAAACUCAGCUUGAGCCCAUCAGUCAAUAUGAAGAUUCUGUCGUCACUCAUCUAACAAAAAUUCUUCAUUCAGAUCAACAUUCAGUUGUUAUUUCAUCUGCCAAAGUUUUGUGUGAAACAGUUAAAAAUUUUAUUGCCAAAGUUGGUGUUGCAUGUUCUAAAGAAAACAUUGACGAAGAAGAUACCAUAAGCCAUAAAUGUGAAAUACUCAAUGAAAAAUUAGAAAAGCUGCUUCUAGCAUUAAACGAAGAAUCCCUUGCAUCUGAUAAGUUGCUUGAAAUAAAAAAGGAGAAAGAAACAGAAGAAAAAGUUGAAAAUCCUGAAAUAGUUGCUUCAGAAGCUGAUAUGCCUCAGAGUCAACCAAAAAAGACUACUUUCAUUCAGCGUGAAGCACUAAUGUCACGUGCCAACAGUUUGAAGAAAGCUGUCCGUCAAAUAAUAGAACAUGCAGAGAGAGCUGUUGAUGAACAAAAUGCCCAAACUCAAGAGAGAGAUUGCAGUGACUACAAAACAGCAUCUCUAGAAUCUACUCCUGUUUCACCUGAAAAAGUGCUUUCAAAACCAACUGAUUCAAUGAACAUCUCAGAGGUACCUCCUUCUGGAGUUCAUGAAGAUGACAGACCAUUACGACCUGAAACUUUGUGGAAUCCAUGGGGACCUGCAAUGGGUCAAAGUGUGGGUGCAUCAUUAAAAAAUACAUUGCAAGUAACCUUACCUACCAUUGAAGGUGGUGCUAGUGCAGACAGUUCUCCUUGCCCAUCCCCUCAUCCAGUCGCAUCUCCUGCCAUGUCACCUUGCUCAUCGCCCAUUUCAGAGCGGCCUACUCCUGAAUCUCGGUCAUCGUUGGUGCCAGAAGUUAGCCUUAGUCCAGAAUUGCAGUCUCCUACUACUGACAUAUCGAACUUCCCUUCUCAUAGUGAGACAUCCGACACACUGGUUGCUGGUAAUUUGUUGGGGACCAAAAAAAGUGAAACUGCUCAAUCUCCUACAGCUACUCGCCGCAUAAGUAGUGGUGCCACACUCAAACAAAUUGGCACUACUAAUCUUCAAAUAGGCUCUGGAGUAGGCAUCUCUUUGCUUCCUUGCCAAUCACAUGACAGGGGUUUUUCUGAGAGUUCACAAGGAGGAAGAGAAUUUCCUAUAAUUAAUCCUUUGGCAUCUUUACCCAUGUGGCCUAAUUUAAAUAAGGACAGUUUAAUUGGGAAAGUUCUUCUAGCUAAUGCUGAUGCUUUAUGUGCUGCUGCUUCACCUUUAAUGGAUGUUGAAGAAAUGUCACUAGAAGGGUUUCAAGAAAAGUGCGUAAUGAAUAACUACUUUGGAAUUGGAGUAGAUGCCAAGAUAACUCUUGAAUUCCAUAAUAAAAGGGAAGAACAUCCCGAAAAAUGCAGGUUCGGCCCUGAAAUAUCAGCUGUCAUGAAUAAAAGAAAAUGUUAUGAAUAAGUCGUAUUUUCUUAAUUAUAAUUCCAGAAUGAUCCUCUCAUCUUUGCACUUUGACUCUUCUUCCAAUGUACAUGCAACCUGAAAUUGGACAUUAGGAGUUGGCAGAAAUUUUCAGUGUAACGAAUUGUAAAGCCAUUCUGUUAUGCGGUAUUUUACGUCCAUACCCUUGGCGAGUUUAAUGUAAAAUGACUUGAUUAGAAAUUGAAUGAAACCCUUCAUCAGCUACAGAAGCACCCACUAUACAAGCACCAACAAUUUAACCAUGUUCAGAUUCAUUUAGCUCUGACGUGAUGCAAUCACAACUGUGCAGAACACUGUCUUGAUAACAAAAGACAUUUGCAGUGUAUUGAGGAUGUUGUACAGAUGGCGUUAGUGAGCAAACACAUCAGCACCACCAACAGCUUUCGUAAAAAUAAACAUUUCAGUUCAAACGUGUUUUACAAGGUGUUUCCAUAUUUUUGUCCAACCCCUGUAUCUAUAAUUUUGUAGAUUUUUUGUUUACCAACAAAGCAUUUACUAGAAUGCACAAGACAUAUCUGUAAUUUAUUUAGUAUUGAUAUUUGCCACAUCAUAAAAUGUUUUUGUUCAAAUUUAAUCAAUCUGCUACUUGUUAACAAACUGAAAAUUUACAAGCAAUAAAUGCAUUUCUUAAUUAAAUUUGUAUUUUACUUUUCUCAAUAUAUCUAAGUAAUAUAAAUUCACAUUUGACUGAAAACUGUUAUGAGAAUUUGAAGUUUUAC